AUACUUUUUAUUGACGUCUCAAGCGUCAUCUACACUACCUGCGCCGUCCCCUUCCUCCUCGCAGCCGCCGCCCGCGCCGUCUCUACCGGCGAGCAUACAAUUUCUAGAAUCCGCCUCAUUUAUUUCUCCCUCAUAUGGAUCAAACUCUAGUUUCCUCCUCUUCCUCCUCAUCCCCGAUCCUCGAAACCCUAGGCGAAGAAAUCCUUCGAAUCCUCUACCCCGUAUCAUUGUGCAUGUUUCUCGUCGUCCUCCUCGUUUCCGCACUCACCUCCGACGACACCUCCCCCAUAUCUUUCUCCUCUGUUGCCAACCUUGUCUAUUAUGAAUCAUCCUCAGACUCUUUCUGGUCGAAGCUCUCCGGUGCCUUCCUUAACUCCCUCCUCUUCAUCGCCAUCGUUACAGUCUUAACCUUCCUCCUUGUCCUCCUAUUCUACCUGCGCUGCACUCCUUGCCUCAAAUCCUACAUGGCCUUCUCCUCAUUCGCAGUCCUUUUCUUUCUUGGCGGUGAGAUCUCUGUCCUCCUGCUAUCCCGCUUUGCGGUUCCGCUUGACGCAUUCUCCUUCCUCCUACUUCUCUUCAACUUCUCCGUUGUUGGAGCCUUUUCUGUUUUCUUAUCCAAGGCUCCGAUUUCGCUUACCCAGGGUUACUUGGUCAUCAUCGGUGUGCUCGUGGCUUACUGGUUCACGCUUCUUCCAGAGUGGACUACAUGGACGCUGUUGAUCUCCAUGGCAUUGUAUGAUAUCGCUGCUGUUUUGCUUCCGGUUGGGCCGCUUAGGCUUCUGGUGGAGUUGGCGAUCUCGAGAGACGAGGAGAUUCCAGCGCUAGUAUAUGAAGCUCGGCCGGUGGAUCCCCAGGCUAGUGGUAGGAGGUUGUGGAGAGAAAGAAGGAAUCUUGAGGUCAAUCCAGAUUCAAUUUCUAAUAAUGAUGCUCCGAGGCAUGGGAAUCCAACACAGCAGACAAGGAUGACAAUUACAGUGGAAGAAACAUCAGGUGAAUAUUCUUCUAAUUCUGAAUUACUGGCUCCAUUAGUGUCACAGCAGCCAAGAAGGCAAGAGAUGGAGGCGGUGGAGGGAAUCGGAUUGGGAUCUUCUGGUGCUAUCAAGUUGGGAUUGGGGGACUUCAUCUUUUACAGCGUGUUGGUUGGGAGAGCUGCGCUGUAUGAUUUCAUGACAGUAUAUGCUUGUUACCUCGCCAUUGUUGCAGGGCUUGGUUUAACUCUUUUACUGCUGGCGUUUUAUAGGAAAGCUGUACCUGCUCUUCCUGUAUCUAUAGCACUUGGUGUGCUGUUUUAUUUAUUGACGAGGGAAUUGUUAGAAGUUCUCGUUGUUCAGUGCUCGGUGAAUUUGCUGAUGUUUUGAUGAGUUAGUAUUGCUUUGGAUAUGGUUAUUUGUGCAAGGCGACCUCCAUUGAUGGACACUGAUUUUAGCUUUCAGCAAGUGAAAUAAGUUUUAGAAAUUUGUAUGAUAAGAAAGGAUACAAUGCCCAUUUGAAAUAUGGUGGAAUGCAAGGCAGGUAAAUUAUUGAUUUUUUAUUGAAUAAAAUUAUUUUCAAUCAUGUUAUUGAAUGAAAUUAUUGAUUGG